GAAGGCGGAGGAAGAGGGUCCGCGGCGGGGACGCGCCAGGCGGCGCCCGGGGAGAGGUAACGCGCGGGCGGGCAGCAGCGGUGGCCGCGGCCUCCGGGAUCCUGCGGGCCUCGCGCGGCCUCCACGCUCGCCGCCGCCGCCCGCGCGCAGGGCCCCGCCCGGAGGGAGGCUGCGCGCCCCGGGGUGGCUGGGCAGCGUCGGUCACGCGGAGGCCAACUUUCACCGCCACUCAAGUUCUUGCUCCGUCCUGGGUAUUUUUCUUUCAAUCCACUCUUUGAGAGCCUGGCGUGAUGGCUCACGCCUGCACUUUCCACACCCCGGAGGCCGAGGCGGGAGGAUAACCAUGAAUUUGAGGCUGGCCUGGAUUAGGCAGCGAGCGUGACACUCCGCCUCCAAAAAUACUCCAUGUUUCCCUAUCCUCUAAAGAGUUUGGGUCGAGACUGGACCACGCCGUGGGAGGAUCUACAGAAAUAUUGCUGGCGCAGACACAUUUCCAGUUGUCUGAGGUGGCCAGGACAUUACUCCCGUGCGCCUUACCCAUACUUCAGUAGCAGGCAUUUCUCAUUGAACUGUAGACCACCUUUUCUGUUUGAGUCUGGAACGCAGUUUCAGUACUAUAAUUGGAGAUCUGACCACCUUAGCAACGCAUCCUUGAUCCAUCUCUCUCGUCACGUCAUGACCUCUGACAGAGAUGAGCCCUUAUCUAAACGAAGAAAACAUCAAGGUGUUGAGAAUAAGGAAAAGGCUCUUCGUUAAGCCACAUAUGUGACUUCCGAUAUUUCACUAAUACUUUCCAGUCAAGAGAACAGCAUUACUAAUUUGCCUGUCACUGUAAAGUGGUAUUUGAAGGAUUUGUAUGACACACUAUGACUCUUUAAUUAGGCACCCCAAUACCUGCUCAGGCCUAUUGCUCACUUUCUUUGACUCAUCUCUCUUGUCUGCUGUGAUCACCUUGUUCCUCCUGACAUGGAAGGAACAAUAAAAAGGAACUGGGAGUAUUUAUGUAGCCAUAAUAAAGAAAAUACGAAGGACCUAGAAGACAGAAAUGUUGACUCCACGUGUGAGGACCGUGAAGAUAAGUUUGACUUCUCAGUGAUGUCUUAUAACAUCCUCUCGCAGGAUUUACUGGAGGAUAACUCUCACCUCUACAGACAUUGCCGACGUCCAGUGUUACACUGGAGUUUUCGGUUCCCCAAUAUCUUGAAAGAAAUCAAACAUUUUGAUGCAGAUGUGCUUUGUCUACAGGAAGUUCAAGAAGAUCAUUAUGGGACAGAAAUCAGGCCAAGUCUGGAAUCACUGGGUUAUCAUUGUGAAUAUAAAAUGAAAACAGGAAGGAAGCCCGACGGCUGUGCCAUCUGCUUCAAACAUUCCAGGUUCUCGCUCUUAUCUGUGAACCCAGUGGAGUUCUGCCGCCGCGACAUUCCUCUGCUGGACAGGGACAACAUUGGAUUGGUUUUACUCCUGCAGCCCAAGAUCCCACGCGCUGCCUCUCCAUCCAUCUGCAUAGCUAACACACAUCUGCUCUAUAAUCCACGGCGCGGUGACAUUAAGCUGACCCAGCUGGCAAUGCUGCUAGCUGAGAUUGCCAAUGUGACCCAUCGCAAAGAUGGCAGCUCCUGUCCUAUUGUCAUGUGUGGUGACUUUAAUUCUGUUCCUGGUUCUCCACUCUAUAGUUUCAUAAAGGAAGGAAAAUUAAAUUAUGAAGGUCUUGCAAUUGGAAAGGUAUCUGGCCAGGAACAGUCUUCACGGGGACAAAGAAUUUUAUCUAUUCCAAUUUGGCCCCCAAACCUAGGCAUCUCUCAGAACUGUGUUUAUGAGGCACAGCAGGUUCCCAAAGUAGAAAAAACAGACAGUGAUGUGACUCAAGCACAGCAGGAGAAAGCGGAGGUCCCAGUGUCAGCUGACAAAGUGUCCUCGCAUCUACAGCACGGUUUCAGCUUGUCAUCUGUCUAUUCCCAUUAUGUUCCUGACACUGGAGUUCCAGAGGUGACCACCUGCCAUUCCCGAAGUGCCAUAACUGUUGAUUAUAUUUUCUACACUGCAAAGAAGGAGAACACUGCUCAGGGGCCAGGAGCUGAAGUUGCUUUGGUUGGUGGCUUGAAACUUCUAGCUAGACUGUCACUUCUAACAGAGCAAGACUUGUGGACUGUGAACGGCCUUCCCAAUGAGCACAACUCCUCAGAUCACCUGCCUUUGCUGGCCAAGUUCAGGCUUGAGCUCUGACUGCUGCUCAUUCACGGGACUUCCUGUCUGUAUUCUUUUCGAAGGAUGUAAAAAUUUUAAGUAUUUGUAUGCUGUUCACUUUUUGUGAUGUGGGGUUCUGAAUUUCUGUUAUAUGCUUGAAACAGAUUGGAAGAAACAAAUUUACAACUUUUUUUUAAAUGAAAUAUUUUCCUGACAACUGAUGUUUAAAGAACUUUAUGGUAAAUGACUUCUAAGUCCUGUUAAAGUUGACAGCAUUUUUAAAAUGUAGUUCAUCUUGGCCCUGAAGAUAGGAAGUCAGUGCUUUUUAGUUCAUCCGGUGGUCCUGCCCGGACCUGCAAAGCUCAGCAUGCUGCCUUUUCUGGAGACCCAGUUUCAUUGGGAGAAGCCUGUGCGUGUUCUUAGAAAUCACUGGGUCACUCACUCCUCCACAGGGUCCAAGCUUCUGAAGAGGCUUGACAAUGUGUAUGCUGUAGAGAACAUUGGCCCAUGUCACUGCUGCCCUGAGCUGUGGGAUGUGCCUACAUUUUGUAGUGGAAAUAGUUGAGAAGUAUAGAUCACUCUCAUACGAUACGGUGGUGCACACCUUUAAUCUUAUUAGCAUUUGGCUGAUGGCAGCAGGUAGCUGUGUAAAGCCAGCUUUAGCAACACAACAAGUGUGAGGGCAGCCUGGGCUACAUGAAACCCUAUCUUAAGACAAAAAAAAAAAAAAAAAAAAAAAAAAAAGGUCAAGUCCUUUAUAUAUGUCCACUCCUGCCUGGAAAAGGUUGCCAUAAGGAAAGUAGAUGAGCCAGGUGCAUCCACAAACACCCUUAAUCCCAGCAUCUGGGAGACAGAGGCAGGAGGAUCACUGUGUCCCAGGCUGACUAGAACUACACACAAGGCCCUGUGUCUCAAAGACCAGCAAAAGGUGGCAGACUCCAGGUUGUCCCUCUGUCUCCUGUACUUGUCUUUCUGUUUAACGAUGGUGAAAGGCCCUUGGGUCAGGAGUGACAUUUCGUUGAGCCGGUUUUGUAUAAAUGUAUUAGAGAAGUGGUCUUUGGAAGGAAGCGAGAGCUCCGCAGCUGUUUAUCAUUUGCCUCUAACAUGCAGGAGUCAUCAUGGGAGCUGUCACUUAGACCCGGUAGGGAGCCUCGCUGACUGUUGACUGUACAGUUGAGUUUGGUACCGUGGUACAGCAGGGUGCCAUGGCGCUUGCACUGUUCUCUGCAGCCUCACAGCAGCCUGACCAGCCAGUAGCUUGCCCUGUACAAGUGUCCAGUAGUAAAAUUCUAAAUGUAAGUAGAAAUUUCUCUGCUUUUUAAAAUAGUAGACUCAGAUUACAGGCAUUUUUACUAAGUCAUUACUGUGCAGUAAUAAAUGUUCUCUACAGUGAGUUUUAUUAAUAGAAUGUUUUAUAUUAGACAAUAAAUCUUUGCAAUUUAAAUUUUUACUCAUUUAUUCCAGUUGUUUUAUGUGUAGUAGACUACUGCCUCAGAGGUGUGCAGGCUAAGAAGUGCCCAGUGAGCACCAAGCAAGCCGACCCUGCUUUCCAUGUAGAGUAUGAAUCCAAUGCUGAGAUGGCCCAUAGUUUGCAGUAAGCCUCUCUGGGUGCUAAGGUCCUGGUUGGAGACAUAAUCAAUCAUUAUCGAAUUACAGUGGUGAUUGUCUUCUUAAUAUGGAGGAUGGCUUGAGGGGAUUUGUACAGACAUCAUUGUAGGCAAACUAACAUUCAUAAAAACCUUUGUAAAGUUUUUAUAUCCUGAUGAAGAUAAUGUGAAAUUAGGCCUAUUUCAUGUAUAGCACUUGGAUACAGUUAACUUAUAAAUUGCUGAUAGCUUAUUGUUAAUCUAUGGCCACACAAGACUUCUCACAAGCUUUUAAAGCUCCAAUAAAAAUACCUAUUUUCUCUA